UACCUUCUCCAGGUCCAGCUGGAGCAUCCACGGCCCAUUGAGGCAGAGCUGGAAGUACCAUCUCCAGAGCUCCCUCCAGCUCCAGAGACAGAGCAAGGGCCAGCUCCAUGGCUAGAUCCAGCUCCAGCUCUAGUUCCACCACCUGUGCUAGAGCUGGAGCCAGUGUCACCUCCAUCAGUCCCUCCAGGGCCAGAGCCACCACCAACAUCAGCUCCAGCCCCAGAGCCAGCUCCUGAGCUGGAGCCAGCUGGACCAUUGGCUCCAGGGAGAAUCUUCCCUCCACCUGGAGAGAUAACAGCAGAGCCAGAUCCAGCCCCAGAGCCCACCUGCCCCUGGGAUGUGACCACCAAGAACCUGCUGAGGGAGGAGAAGCCUGACUUCUUCUAGUUCCCUCCCCGGCUGGUGGCAGAGCAGUUGACACUGAUGGAUGUGGAGCUCUUCAAGAAAGUGAUGCCCCACGACUUCCUGGACUCCAUCUGGUCCCCGUGUGACAACAGGGGCAGUGAGCACCUGGCACCCAGCAUCCAUGCCACCGUCACCCACUUUAACAGAGUGGUCGAAUGUGUCGUCACCACCUGCAUUGGGGACCCGAGCAUGACGGCCCAGGACAGGGCCAGGGUGGUGGAGCUCUGGAUCCAGGUGGCCAAGGUGUGCCAAGGCCUGAGGAACCUUUCCUCUCUCCAUGCGAUCCUCUGGGCUCUGCAGAGCCCCUCCAUUCAGCGUUCAAAAAAGACAUGGAGACAGGUGGCCAGGAAGAACUGUCAAAAAUUUAAAAACUUGGUCAAAACAGACCAGUGGGAGAGAGGGAAGCUGCUCAUGGAGGAGGUGACCUCUGUGUGGGCCACCCUAGAGAUGGACCCCUAGGGAGCCCAGAAGAGACAGCAGCAGCAGGGUGUCGUCCCCUUCCUGGGCACGUUCCUCUAUCACCUGGAGCUGCUGGACAUUGGGAUGGAGGAUGAUCUGGAAAGGAGUGAGCCUGGAGGCGGGGCCAGGGAGCAGGAUCCUGAGGUUUGGGAGGCGAGAGCCCUGCACUGGGCCCUGAGCUCUCAGUACCUGGCAAACCUCCUCUCAUGAGAGCCCCACGGCCACCCCUGGGAGCUGUGGAGUCAGGCCACUCUCAGUGAUGAGUGAAUGGAGGCUCCGCGUAAGCCCCCCACCCGACUCCCCAGACUGGGGAAGCUCAGAGCUGCCUGCCUGCAGAGCUGCAGGAGGCUGUGUCUGAGCUGGACUCAGCCUCCCCCUCAGGCCCUGCUCUUGGGGGAGUGCCAUCAGCCCCUGCAAGUCAGGAAGCACAUCUGUGGUCCAGCUGCCCCUUCCUGCUUGAGGCCUCAGUCUCCCUGUUUGUCAUCAGAGAGGGUGGGCUGCAAGGUCUCUGCCCUCAGCUCCCCUGUCCCUCCUGCUCUGGAGCCCAGAGCCUGGCCCAGUGUCAAGUUCUCUUUGUGGAAAGGUCUGCCCUCUGCUGGGCCCUGGCAGUCCUGGAGCCUCAGAAGGGGUGGGAUGGGGGCUGGUUAUGGGCUUAGGGGGCUGUUUCUAAUGGACAUUGGCUGUCUCCCUUCAAGGGACAUCUGGUGAACUUCCAGAAAUGGCAUGAUGUGAGCAGCUGUGGGGAGCGUGGGGAAGUGGAAAUCACAGACCUCUCCUGGCAAGAUGUUAUGUGUCCUCAUCCCUCGGGUCUUGCAUUUAUUGGGAGAGUUAGAUCCACAAAGCUGGGGAUCCCAUCACGGUGGCGGGUGCGGGAGGGGCUGGCAUCAAGGACACCUUCCUGAAUGAGGAACUAAUUCAAGGCAACUGUGAGGACAGGCAAGUCCUGAAUGGAGUGGGAAGGAAGGAGGGUUCCCAAGUGAGCACAGACCCCAGACCAGAUCCUCACUUCCCACAAGUCCCUGGCAGGGUUUCCCACCCAGGCCCUGUCUGCAUCCAGUCCUUCCUCCUAGAAAUUUAAAGUCAUUGUGAAGAUCCAGCUGCUCCAGCAGGCUGCAAAUGAAUACGACCUGAAGCCCAAGGAG